UGGACAUCGUCCACCGUCCACCUUGUUGAUCUCAGACAAGGAAUAGAGAAGACACUUCCAUCAAAGUUGAUACAUCAUGACGCUGAUACAAGUAGUUCUCACUCUGUUCCUCGUCCAUCUGGCUCAAGUCAAAACAGACCAAUCCUACAAGAUGAUAACCGCCCGGGUGUACGAAGAGGGGGACAAUGAAUAUUCCCAGAACGUCAUCAUUAAGAGGGAGGUGGACAGAAAACAUCUGCACGCCGUGCAGGAACUGGCAACACCAUCCGCUCCACAAGCACCAACUCAAGACCAAGAUGAGGGAGCAAAAGAAAUCGUUUGGGACUUCACAAGGAAAAAGCGAGCGGUCCACAACUACACUGUCAACUGGGUGGACAGAAUUCCCUACGUUAUCCACCCGACAUACCAGGCAUACGGUCCUUACUACAUGACGCUGUUAAAGAGAUCUCUACAGUACAUCAUGGACAAUGUUUGCCUGACAUUUGUUGAUGAAACCAGCAGAUGGAACUCUAGCGACCCCAAGUGGUUCACCAAAAACGGUUACACCUAUGACACCUACAUUUCAGUCCGGGCCAGCACAGGGUGUUCAGCGUUCAGUGGACCAGGAAGUGGUGUUGGAAAUUCACCCAGAAUUGUCUACCCUUGCCAGGAUUUCGUGAUAAAUUUUCACGAGAUGAUGCAUACGUUAGGUGUCGCCCAUGCACAUCAAGGCUUUCUCCGGGAAAAUUACAUCACAAUUAACGUAGAUGAUAUUCAAAGCAGUCUUAUCUACAGCUAUGACAUGUUUCCCGAAUCAUCUCAAUUUGUCAACUUAUUCUUUGACCCAUCCUCGGCCCUAAUGUAUGGUGCUAGGACUUGGACGAGGAACGGCAAUGAAGCGUACACGCCAAUCAGGGACGAUCUUUUUAACACUAUCACCUCGGUGUCAGCGGACUCUGUCAACUUUCUCGAGCUUGUUCAAGUACUGAAAUGUACCGAAAGAUAUUGUGGGGGAAACACGGUCGACUGCGCCCCCGGAUAUUACUCGUAUGUGAAAGGCGUCUGCCGAUGUGUGUGCCCGGAUGAAUACGACGUUGCUACAAACUGCAAGACACUGAAAAAUGGACCUUCGCCACUCGUUCAAUGGCCUAAAACACCCAUCGUCGUCUUCGCUGGAGGACCCUCGCACAGCUGCCCAACAGGAUUCGAUCCCACACCUGGCUGGUUCUCCUUCACUGGCUCCAGUGCCAUGAGCCAGUCCCCGGCCGCUCCUGUCCAGUACCCCGUGUCUGGAAAAACAAACAGUUUUCCCGUCUGCACCAGAAACUUACCUGCAGGAGCCACAGCUGACUGGGAGUCCUGGCCACCUGGCGGUCAAUACUGUUUCAUUAAACCUGCAGGUGUAAACUGUGCGGGAGCUUUCACCGAAGCGGGAGGUUAUGCCGUUUCCACUGCCAGUGUUUCCACCAACGGUUCAAUCGGUGACAUCACCAUCUCCUCCAAUAACGUGAGCAUCAAGGCCUGCUGCAGGUACCAAGAGUUUUCAAACAUCGCCAUCGACUUACCUGACGGCGAGCCUUUCAGACUGUUGACUAGAAACACCUGUCCAUCUAUCAGAGGUCUUAAGGCGUACAACUCAAGGCUGAACCUGUGGACCACCAACAGUGGUGUGUUUGGACCCGCUGACUCCCCCUUCUGGUGGUUCUCGACCUCCCUCACCACCUACUCCUGCUACUACCAGCCCGGUAUCUAUGGAUGUAAUGAGCUGGUAACCUUGGACGCCAACAACCGUUCUGUGACCAUCAGGACUCCGUUUCUACCUACAGGCUACAGGGAGCCAAACAGGCGAUGCUUCUACGCUUUCAGUUCACCGCCCAACUCGCAGAUCCUGAUCACCUUCAACAGAUAUAGUUUAUCUACAACGAUGGAUGACUUUUUUGUAAAAAAAUAUCAUCCAUGGCAAGUGGCCUUCAAAUUAGAUAACGCGAAUUAUCCAGCACAAAUUCUGAGUGAGUCGAACUACUUCUCUGCUGAGGCCUUUAUGGGAUACAGUACUACCACCAACUACGGUGUCAAUUUUACAGCACAAGUUAUUUUACCCGAAGACUACUGCUAUAAUUCUGCAACAAAUGGCGCCGACUACCGAGGAAAAACUGCCAUUUCUGAAACAUACGAACCCUGUAUAGAGUGGUCAAAGGCUGUCAACUGCUCAAACUUUCCCAAGGCUGACCAGAUGGCAAACAUUUUAUCCGGCAACCAAUGUCGUAAUCCCGACGGCCGUAGAGGACCUUGGUGCUACACUUACAUCAAUGGGACCAACUGCAACAUUCGUUACUGUGAUGCUUGCAAUUUCAUGAAACCAAUCGACGCCUUGACAAAAUGUGCCACCCUUAAAGCAUCGAAUCCAAAUUUCUGCUCUACUGGUGUUCAAAGGUUGGGAUGUUUUGUCUCCUGCAACUUUUCAGUAGAGUCAACAACUAGAGCUGUCUGUGGUCCCCCUACCAUCCCUGCUGACGGGCAGGUGGUCGGUACUCUAAAGUCUCAGUACCUGGAGGGUGAGAAGGUUCAGGUGAAGUGUAUUCUGUAUAACGACACUGGGCUGCCAAAUGACAUGUACUGUACGUCCAAUGGAUGGACUACUCUCUACCAGGCUUGCAAUGGCACUUGCGCUGACAAGGUGGACACUUGUGUGAGUGUGAUGGCCAAAGCUCCAACCUUCUGUCUCAACGCUAAUACAUUGACCACAGCAAGAUCGUCAUGUGCACAGUCAUGUGGAUUUUGUCCCAACACUGUGACAUGCUCCACCCCCACCAGCACCACCUACACCAGGACGUCUGCUCUAGCUACCAUUAAACCAGGUCAGGUCAUGACCUUCACCUGCAAUACUGGCCAGUACUACGUGUCAGGAGAUCUCAGCAGGGCGUGUUCUAUGUCUGGGAACUUGCUGGGAACUGAACCUGUCUGUCAAUCAACACCUGUGGCCAAUGAUGUGAAUCUGAACUCCGUCAGGAGAAGAUUGAACACUCUGCCAGUUAAAACUGUCGUCAUCUUGGACAAGGACGGCUAUAGAAUCCCAUUUAAAGGAAACAUCACAACUUGGUACUACUUCUGUGAUACAGCUGGAACUGUGUACUUCACCGUGUAUAGGAAAAGUGGAACCACAUACUCUCUAGUGGGCUACAACACCAUUAGCUGCUCAGCUGACUUCAAGUGGGGUGCGGACAUAGCAGCUGCCAGCCAGAUCGCCGUCCUGAAAGACGACAUCAUCGGGGCGUUUACAACUACCGCCAGCACGCUCAGCGUCAACACGUGCUCCGACGCGGUGGAGAAGAUCAUGAACCUGCCCAUCGCCACCAACGUAGCUGGUGCUACCACCUUGAACACGGCCUCUUUCGCCACAAAGUCCUGUUACAUUAUGUCCCUUGGAUGUAGGGUCGCACCGACGUAAUCUUUCAAAACACCUAUUCUGACUACUUAAAUCUGCAAGGAUGACGACCGCUCCAGUUUAUGGUUACUGAAAAAUGAAAAUAAAAACUAAU